AUGACUCGCUCAUUUCUCGGUCAACAAUGCAUUCUGGAAUAUUUCGCUUCUCAAUUACAGGAUCUAAACCCAGAUAUAAGUGAUGCUGUUUUUGAAGAACUCAAAAACACGUUGCUUCUAUUUAUCAAAGAUGCUAAAUCAUACAAUGAAUGUUUAUCAAUUUUCACAGAAAAGCUCGGUUCAACUUCACCUCUUGAUAUGCUUAAGACUGUUAUAGACACAGAUGUUACUAGUCGAACAGAGAUUGAAACUUCAUCCUCUGAUUCAUCCUCAGAUACGUCAAACACUGUUUCUCAAAGCGGACGAAAGCGGGCCAGACCUUGGAAUUCAGAAGAAGAUAAAAGAUUACUUGCAGGAAUACUUCGAAAUGGUACUGAUAAUUAG